GCCUCCAUUGCUUAACCUAAACUCGCUACUAUGAUUUAAAAUAUGAUCGGUAGCGUUUAGUUUUUGUGGGUGUAUGGUUAAGAAAACUAGAAUAAAACCAGAACACGGACAUUUAGUCAACAUUUUUAUCUAAUCUAAUAAUGUUCUUGUUGUUGUAAUGUUAGUUUUCGCGCGUACUGGGUUCCAUUUGACGAGUCCUUUAGCUAGCUGUUAGCUUUAGCUAGCUGUCCUUACGGCUUGUUAGUUACGUUAACUUUGUUUUUAAAGCUGCCACAUUAGUUCGUCCCUGCACCAAACUUCAGAUUACAAACUAGUCAUUGAUAUCACAGUCAGAAAAAAGAGCCUCAGAGGAUGCUGGCCACUGGAGCGGCUGUAACUAACGUCACAGCCCUGGCACAGGUGGACCGAGAGAAGAUCUACCAAUGGAUCAAUGAGUUGUCCAGCCCUGAGACCAGAGAAAAUGCAUUGCUGGAGCUCAGUAAGAAACGGGAGUCUGUGCCGGACCUUGCACCGAUGCUCUGGCAUUCCUGUGGCACCAUUGCUGCCCUGCUGCAGGAAAUAGUGAAUAUUUAUCCUUCUAUAAACCCACCCACACUUACGGCUCACCAGUCUAACAGAGUGUGCAAUGCCCUGGCACUUCUGCAGUGUGUUGCUUCACACCCUGAGACACGGUCAGCUUUUCUCGCUGCUCAUAUCCCUCUUUUCCUUUACCCUUUUCUACACACUGUGAGCAAAACACGGCCAUUCGAAUACCUGCGACUCACCAGCCUCGGCGUCAUAGGUGCUUUGGUAAAAACAGAUGAACAAGAAGUGAUUAACUUUCUGCUCACCACUGAAAUCAUCCCACUGUGUCUCCGCAUCAUGGAAUCAGGGAGUGAGCUCUCCAAAACGGUUGCUACUUUCAUUCUACAGAAGAUCCUGCUGGAUGACACAGGGCUGGCUUAUAUAUGUCAGACUUAUGAACGUUUCUCCCACGUGGCCAUGAUCCUUGGCAAGAUGGUGCUCCAGCUGUCAAAGGAACCAUCAGCUCGUCUGUUGAAGCAUGUUGUUCGCUGCUACCUUCGCCUCUCAGAUAAUCUCAGGGCCAGAGAAGCCCUGCGUCAGUGUCUGCCAGACCAGCUGAAAGACAGCACCUUCGCCCAGGUGCUGAAGGACGACACCACCACAAAGCGCUGGCUGGCACAAUUAGUCAAGAACCUGCAGGAGGGCCAAGUCACCGAUGCAAGAGGCAUCCCGCUGGCUCCACAGUGAGGAGGGGGGAUAAAGAGAAUGUGUUCACAACUGACACAGAAAGACUCUUUAUCACUGUCCAGGUUCUGUAUUCUGCCAAACUGGUGCUAUGACUGCCUGCAAAGUAAAGGACUUAAUAGUGGAAAAUGUUUUUUCUGCUGUUGGAGAGAUUAACAACAGGUUUUACAUCAGGUCAAUAUCGAAAAUGAGGAUGGCUUCUUUUUUUGGAGCCCUAAUCAUAGAUCAUCGGUUUCCAGGAAUGCUUUAUUGGCUGAUACAUCCGGUCUUUAAAGACCCGAGACGAAAGACUUCAUUAUCAAACAUAGGCCGUCGUUUUUUGAUAAACACUUUGCUUAAAAGUACGAGCAAAUAAGAAACAGAAGAACAAAACAUACAAAAAAUAAAACUACAGAAAGAAAUGCAAUUAACCUCGAUAUUAGAGAAUUAAAUGGCCAAAUGUACAAAAAGCGCAGCAUGUAAAACAAUUAAUGCUGCUCUAAUUGCACUGCAAUUUCCAUCUUGACAUUAGUGGACUGGUAAAUAUUAGAUUUCAGUGACAAUUCAGUGAUUAUCCAGUAUUGGUUGUUAAUAUCAGCACUUCUGGAAUAUUUGUCGGCUCAUUUCUUUUCACAUUUAUCACUGUACCUUUCUGUAACAUUCCACUUUAAAUUAGGAGCUUUUGUUUUAUUUUGCUUCUUGCAUUUCAAAUAAGACUCUUGGAUCUUCUUUAAGACUUGGUUGUGUCUCCUUUUUUCCCCUGAAGCCUCUUUGGACUGAUAUCUGACUUAAUGCAGCACUUAAGUACUGCAGUGGAUGUGUUUCUGUAAACGUUAAUGUUUUACUGGCUUUGCAUUUUGUGGCCCAGUAAUACAGACAAUGAUUUUGGUCCAGAGUGAAAUCUCAGAAGUUGCUCUUGUUUAAGAUAUUUCAUAAAUAAACUGUUUUCCAACAAAUCAAUAAUAA